AUGUUCGUCAACGGUUUCAAUCCAGCUGGCAUAUCAGAAAGCAACGAUUUCAAAACAACCUCUCAAGGGCAGGAAGACAACGAGAAAAGUCAAUCACAGGCUGCGUAUGAGGAGAAUAUUUAUUACCAUCAAAAUUGCAGGAAGACUCUUGAUGAAAGUAUAUACAAUUUCCUCAUAGAUUCAUCCCUAACUGGGACAGCUGAAGCAUUUGUGAAAGACGCUAAAUUGGAACAACGAAAUCAUAGUGUGAAGGAUAAUAGACCGGAUGUUAACAGUUACAGUGAUCGUUCAUCAACUGAAUAUCUUUAUCCAUGGUGGCAGAUCUUUUGGGACGCUUUUAAUUCGAAUACUCAACGUCGUGGAUCUGAAUUAGUUCAAAGCUACUUCCAAAUUAUUAAUUAUCAUCAAAAUCAGGAUCGUAUCCAAAAAGAUAAGGCUGUACAAGCAGCUCGAAUGCAGAUGUUCGCGGAACAAAGAGGAGAGUAUCAAGCAGAAAUGAUGAAUCCCAUGAUGUAUCAAAAUAAUCCUCUCCGUAUGAAUAGUAAUAUCAGUAUGCAAGGAACGCCGUCACAAAUGAAUAUAAACGGACCCUUGCCAUACAAUAGCAUAAAUACUAUGAAUUCUCUCCCCCCUGAUACAUUUAAUCGACUUCAAAAUCAAUACAUCGCUAACAUGGAUAAUAAUAACAAUAUUAAUGAUAUUAUGCACCAGCCAAUGAUUGACCAAGAUACCAAUAGGGUGCCAGAACGCUCAGGACCAGGGAACCCUUCUAUACAAGCAAAACCUCCCCCCAUGUAUAAUAAUACACCGAUUAACUCACAACAAGCAAUGUAUCAAAAUAAUAAUAUGAGGCCUCAUAAUAAUAACAAUAACAAAGAACCAUCUAUACGAUCCUCACCACAAAAAGUGCCUUUAGAACAAAACCAAAACGGAAUAAUAUCAAUGGCUGGUUCCACUGAAGCAAUCCCAAAUGGUAUGCUGAACCAACAAAGCUUAAAGAGGAAGAAUACCAAGAAAGCCAAUACUAACACUACGAAUUUACAGCAUAGUAGAAAAUCAAACACUAACAUUGCUGAAUUGCAACAUAUUACCAAACCUCGAAAUCAAGGUCCAGAUCAAUUCGUAAAAGCAACAAAGGCAUGUUCAAAAUCUACUGUUGCCAAGAGAGUUAAUAAGGGACUUAAAAAGAGGAAUUGUAACAAACCAGAGCAAUAUCAACUAGACUCCAAACAAGAGAAACCGAAAAGACGGAGAUCACUUGGAGAAUUAAAAAAGACACCCAAUUUGAAAGAAAGAGUAUAUUCUACUCAAUCAAAUACUGCAACGCCUACCACCUUGACCUUCAAUAAUUUGAAUAUGUGCACAUAUGUCUCUAAUAAACCCAAUACGUCUAGUCCCUUAUCUACAUUACAUGAAAAGAAGCAAUCUUCUUCAGGAUCUUCAUCAACGGAAAAUAUUACUUCUCAUAAACUUAAAAGAAUCUCUAGCACGACCUUAAAAGAAUCAGCUUCCACAAAAUCAUCUCCAAUUGUCAGUAUGACGACAUCACAGUCAUUAAAAAAGAAAAGCAGCGCCUCUAAGAGAGAAUUCUCCAUGAUCGAUUCAACAGCAGGUCCAAACUCGGCUCCUGUCCCUGGUGAAAGGGACUUUUUAGAGAUGCGCCUCGAUAUUACUUCAAAUAAUCAAAAUGCUACUAAUGAAGUCACAUCAGCGCAGUUUACGCUACAAGAUUCAAUGCAAGCAGGCAAAUUACUAGAUAUCAAGGAGAAUGAACAAGAGGAAACCCACAGACAAGAAGAACAAGGAAAAGAACUGCCGAACGAAUAUGCUUAUAAUUUUGAUGAUCUUGAUAUUUCUCCAACGUUAGGAACAGACGCAAAUUAUAAAGAUUCAUUCGAUGACUUUGAAAAAGAUGCCAAUGAUAUAAAUGAUAAGGAAAAUAAAGAUGAUAGGAAACCUAAUGACAACAAUGACGAUUGUAGGAAUGAGAAUAAUAAAAAAUCGCUCUUGAGUUCCAUACAACAUGAAGGACCAAAUUCCCCUGUUGGGAAUGAAUAUGAUUUGGAUAUAUUCGAUCAAAAUGACACAGAAUUCAAUUUUAUGGAUUGGAGUUGA